AUGAAGCUAAGUUCCACACAGCAUGAGAAAUUAGUGGAUGGUUGCAUUUUCCAUCGGGGGAGUGCAAAGAACUUGCGAGUGUCGGGAAAGGGGAAGGUUGAGGACGAAGUUUUGGAAGAAAAAUACCAUAAACGGGGGAGUUGUGUGGUAAGAUUAACCUUACCUUUGUUGAAUGAUUUACAUCGAACGGAGCUUACACUUAUAAAAAAAACAUAG